AUGGCGGACGACAUGUCAAGCCAUUACCAGGUGAUGGAGGAGUUGGGCAGUGGCAGUUUCGGCGUGGUUUACAAAGCCAUUGACAAGACUGACGGAGAGAUCGUCGCUAUCAAACACAUCGAUCUCGAGUCCAGCGAAGACGACAUCCAGGAAAUUCAACAGGAAAUUUCGGUUUUGGCCACCUGCGCGAGCGCCUACGUCACACAAUACAAGGCCAGUUUCCUCAAAGGCCAUAAGUUAUGGAUUGUGAUGGAAUAUCUCGGGGGUGGCUCAUGUUUGGACUUGUUGAAACCAGGAUGUUUCAACGAGGCCCAUGUUGCCAUUGUCUGCCGAGAGCUCCUUCAGGGCCUGGACUAUUUACACAACGAAGGCAAGAUCCACCGUGAUGUCAAAGCGGCCAAUGUCUUGCUUUCGCAAUCGGGAAAGGUGAAGCUAGCAGACUUUGGUGUGGCAGCGCAGCUUGUCAACAUCAAGUCGCAGCGCAAUACUUUCGUCGGAACUCCGUUCUGGAUGGCGCCGGAAGUCAUCCAGCAGGCUGGAUACGACUUCAAGGCUGACAUCUGGUCCUUGGGCAUCACGGCAAUCGAAAUGAUCAACGGCGAGCCCCCGCACGCCAGCACCCACCCCAUGAAGGUUCUCUUCUUGAUUCCGAAGAACCCCGCUCCUCGCCUGGAGGGCAACGACUACAGCAACACAUUCAAGGAUUUCAUCGCACAAUGUUUAACGAAAGAUCCUGACUUGCGGCCCAGCGCGAAGGAGCUCUUGAGACACAAGUUCAUCCGAAAUGCAGGUAAAGUGGAGGCUCUGCAGGAACUUAUCCAUCGCAAGCAGGACUGGGAUGGAAACCGUUCUGAGCCCAAAGACCCAAGAUACUACGCAGAGUCUCUGCACACUAUGACUAGACCGGAUGAGGAGGAUGAGGAUGAUUGGGUCUUUGACACAGUCAAGGCCCCUCCCAUGUGGAAGCCCAAGGGAGGCACCGACUGGAUGACAUUCGACGAAGACGACGAAAAUAUGCCCGACCCUGCACAAAUGAUGCAGGACUUGCAUAUCACACAACCGCCGCCUCCACCCAAGCACCAGGCCAACUCCACCGUGCGACGCGCCCCCACCGAUCGAUCACCGUCUAUCCGACGCGCUAAUACCAAGCGCCGAUCAAGUGGUAUCAAGCAACCGCUUGGUUUGGAUUUGAGUUACGGAAACAGUCCGUCGACGGUUCGACAGUUCCGUCGCGUCUCGGACAGGGUCCCAGAGCCAACUCAAAUAAAGCAAGGCUACGACGAAAACGUCAGUCCCAAAGCCAUGGCGACAGACUCCUCAACCAAAGAAGCUCAGAUUGGUCGGCGCGCUUACAGCAAAGCCGUAGGCCUCUCUUGCCAAGAGGUUCUAUCAACUACUGGUGACGGCGAAAAACGUGAAGCCAUCUCUCGCCUUGCUGAAGCCUUCAGCGAUCUGGAAAUGGUCGACCCCGAAGGCCUGUACCACAUCGUCCGCAUCAUGAACGAGAAACUCCAAACCGACUCUCGUCUCUCCACCCUCCUCCCACCUACCCAACCCGACUCUCCAUCUCGCCCUCGCCUCGUGCUGGCUCAGAAUAACCCACACCUCAAAAGCCACCGCCGUCGACAAUCCUAUGUCCCCGAACCGACCCCCCAAUCGCCGCCAUCAAACAACCAGCCAGCACCAGGAAUGGAGCACACCAAGCAGCUCACUGAUGUUCUCUACUCGCGCUGGUCGGAAGGUCUCCGCAACCGCUGGGGUGGCAUAUAA